CAGCCAGCCCAUGGGCGGCGUCCGCAGGAGCCCGUUCUCCAGCGCCAGCACGGGGGCCACCAAGGCCAGCAAGAGCACUGCAGGGCGGCGGGAGGGAUGAUGUGCCGGGUAGCACGUGGUCAUAGGACUGAGCAGUGUUUCCAGACAAGGGGGGCCUGCCCCCACCCACGGGGCUCUGCUGUUCUUUUGGGAGCCAUGAAGCUGAACGAGAGGAGCGUGGCCCACUACGCCCUGAGCGGCUCCCCUGCAGACCACACGGGCUUCCUGCGCACCUGGGGGGGCCCGGGCACGCCUCCCACGCCCAGUGGCAGUGGACGGAGGUGCUGGUUUGUCCUCAAGGGCAAUCUGCUGUUCUCCUUCGACAGUCCAGAGGGCCGGGCACCGCUGAGCCUGGUGGUCUUGGAGGGCUGCACGGUGGAGCUGGCCGAGGCGCCUGUGCCCGAGGAGUUUGCCUUCGCUAUCCGCUUCGAUGCCCCCGGGGUGCGCCCCCAACUGCUUGCGGCAGAUGGGCCGGUGGCCCAGGAGGCCUGGGUGAAGGCUCUGUCCAGGGCCAGCUUUGGCUACAUGCGCCUGGUGGUGUCCGAGCUGGAAAGCCAGCUGCGGGAGGCCCGCCACCGCCUGGCCUGGCACCGCCGCUCAUCCAGGAAGGCCGUCAGCAGCCGCUGCAAACCCCAGCCUCCUGACCACUGGCCCCUGGGCCUGGAGAACGGCCAUUCCCUCUCCAGGGACUGCAGCCCCAUGGGCUUGGCUGAAGAAGGGGGCAGCAGGCCAGCCGGGCGGGGCUCGGUAGAGUGCGAGUUGCAGGGCGCUGCCAGCCUCCUCCUGGGCAGGGGGCAGAGCCCUGUGUCCCCUGAGAGCUCUUGCUUCUCUACCCUGCACGAGUGGUACGGCCAGGAGAUCGUGGCGCUCAGGCGGGGGUGGCUGCAGAGGGCCCAGAAGAGGCAGCCAGCGUUCAAGGGGCAGGCCAGGCCCUGAGCUGGGGCCUUCGGAUUUUGUCCUGCUGGUCAGGACCCGGGGCCAGUGCUUUUUCAGUUUCAUGUUUACUCGUUUCUAAAGUUGCUGUCUUGAGGGAGGGGUUCUCCCCUUCGUGCUUUUUAGGUUUCCUCCACGUCCCAGACCCCCCUCAGGCCUGGAGGAGACCGAGGAAUCAUCCCUUCAAAGCCCUUUACUUCCUGAGGCCCAGCGAAGAGAGGCAGCCUGCUCAGCACCGCGGAGCAAGACCGAGUCUCCUGCCUGGACUCAGCUGCCCUGCUGGGGGAUGUUAGUGCCGCGGAGCCAGAGGGGACUGGCCCAUGGCCACAGGCAGCCCUGCCAGCCACCCUACGCACCUCAACAGCCAGUUUCCAACAUGGGGAGUCACGCGUGCAUUUAAGCACCAAAGCUGGCUGCGUGUUGACUUGAGGGAUGCUGCAGACAUUGCCAAAGAAAGAUUUAUUGUCAUGGAGGCUUCAGGGGCCCAUUUUCUCCUGAGUGGUAGGAAGACUGGGCUUGGGCCCCCAUGCUGCGGUCUGGAGGGGCCCUUUAGAGGAAGGGAGACUGGCCAACAAAGUGGGAUUUAUUUUGCUCAGAAAGCAUUGCCAUGUCGCGCACCCCCACCCAGCUGCCCUGCCAACGGAUGGUGCUGCUCUCUGCCCAGGAGGGGCUGGUGGCUUUCCUGGGUCAUCAGAAAGCCUGUCCUAUCCUCAUCACCAGCUCCUUGAGCUGCCCUUGGGAAGCUGAAGAAGCGAGAGGCGGUGUGGCUCCUGGGAAAGCCAGGCUGUUGGGUGGGUUCUCAGCCCUGGGCUUUCUAGGAAUCUGGGCACAGAAUUCCCAGAACCCUUUGAUAAACUCUUCUCUCCUGACUGGGCUCCCCAAGAGGUAUUCCUGGUCCUGAGCCCCCUGGGAGCGCCUUCACAGACCAGCUUGCCACCCAGUGGGUAUCUGCCAAGACCUCACUGCUCCUCUCACCAGUGUUUCCCUCCUCCCUGCACUGGGAGGCGACGUGGCCAGGUGGGGGUGGCAGAGCCAGGGGCUGGCCAGCCGGAGCCACCGGUGGCUGCGUGGAAGCGCCCCCCCCUCCCCUCUACACAGUUUGCCCUUUUUAGCCUCCCUGUCCCUUACUGGGGCCUUGGGCUGUCUGGGCGGCCAGGUCUAGAGCCAGAGGCCUGCAGUGUCUUCAGUCCAGGAGGCCCCGCUGCCGCCCGGGGCCAGGACCCGCCACCACACCUGUCUUAUGCGCACGAGUCGCCUUUCUUAUGGCUGCGGCACUUGUUAUAUGAUUAACGCAGUUUUCUACUCCUCUGGGUUCCCCCAGUUUAUUGCAACCACCACCUGCUUCCGUCUCUCCUGUAAGGUGUAUUUUCCAUCUGGCCUGUCACAUACACCUUGGCCUGAAAUAAAACCCCAAAACAUUCUGGAGGUGUUAGGGGGAAAAGGCUGUCCUAAAGCUAAUUCCAUACAGGCUUCGUGGACUCCACCCCCACCCCAGGCCAAAGCCAAAGACACUGGGAACUCCACAUCCCAUCCCCACCCAAGGGAAGGUGGCUGGGGCCUGAGGGUGGGGUUCAGCAGCCAGGUGGGUAUAAAGCCAGACACGUGGGCUUUGGGGGGGUCCCCCAUUUUGGCUCUCGGCCAGCUCGGAGUGACUUUGGGUUUCCAGGUCGGCGGAUCGGGUAGGACGCAUUCAAGACUUUAUUUCCCUAUUUUCCCCCUGAGUUGUCCAUUUUCCUUAUUUCCUUUUCCCUUGUAAAUAAACCUUUUAUGAACCUUUCGUGUGUCCUGCAGUGGAGUAUUCAUAAGUCCCUUGUAAGCGCGCGGGUGAGGACCCACAGCCGGGCACCCCGUUCAAUAUCGGGGCUGCCCGGUAACGGCGGUACGGCCGACGCCUCUGAAUCACGUCGUUAAAGUGUCAGAAAAAUACAAGUGUUUGAGGGACAAGUCGAGUCAGUUCUCCUUUCACCAAACACCGGCU